CAAGUCACAUGGCAGACCGGGCUACGGGGAGCGCCGCGACCACUGGCGCAGAGUUCCCCAAUGGGGAAAUAUCUCAUCCCGCACACAUGGCCUCCAGCUCGGUCUGGCCACCUCGAUGUUCACCCUCGGUCAAUCCAUACCUGCAUAUUUCCUCACCCUUUGCUGGAUGAGCCUCUUUGCGUAACUAGUUCUUAAUUUUCAUUCAUCUCCGAGCCCUCCCCGGGCCACUCAUCCGGACCCGCCUCCCGCCAUUUGACACCUCCGCCAUGGCUGCGCAGUCACUGAGCUCGUUGUUGCAACGGGCAUCCAUUGACGACCACGAGGAAGUUCUCCAGUCCUCCAACGCCGCCUUGGCCAAGUCCAAGUCCGACCUCCAUGCCCAGCACGCUAAGGCGGUUGCCUUGCUGAAGCUCGACCGCUACGAUGACUGCCUGCGAGUGUUCGAAGAAGGCGGAGAUGGCUUGAAGAAGAGAGCGGCGCUGGAAUAUGCUUACGCACUGUACAAAUGUGGUCAGCUGGAACCGGCAAUUGAGGUGGUAUCCGGCUUGGCUGGUGAGAGAGGUGCACUUCAUCUGGAAGCUCAGGCUAGCUAUCGUUCAGAGAAGUUCCGUCGCGCAGCCGAGAUCUACGAACAACUGUCAAAAGGCGAGACGUCCUUGCACAACGAAGAGAACGAUUUGCGCAUCAACUCGUGGGCCACGGAUGCACAGCUACAGUGGAAGGGAUACCCCGAGUUCGUCCGCCACAACAGGCCGACGCGGGAUGAUCUGGAGGCGUUUGAGACAGUGUACAAUGCGGCUUGCUUGAGCAUUGCCAAGGGAGAGUUCCAACAGGGAGAAGUGCUGCUGAAGCGGGCAAAAGAGCUCUGCCGGACGUCGGAGGACCUCACACCCGAAGAUAGAGCUGCGGAGCUCUUACCGAUCGCUGUGCAGCAGUUGUAUGUUUUGCUCCGCCAAGGCAAGUCGGAGGAGGCUCAGUCUGUUCUGGAGGAAAUUUCCGUUGGAGAUAUCCCCGAGCUCUCGACGAGAAAGAUCGCGCAAACCAACAUCACCCUUGCUCGCGGCGCCACCACCAACCCUUUCGCUCUAUACAAGGCCCUACACGAGACCCCCGAUUCUGCUGACAACGACAAGCUCUUCGAGUACCAAGAUAAUAUCGCGACGGGGAACUCGCACUCGGCAGAUCUUCUCGUUCGAAAAUACGAUGGCAUCAUCCGCUCCACAUCCAAGGCUCUUGCUCAAGCUGCCUACCCCUCGACGGAACCCCGUGUCAACCUGCUAUCAGUCUACAACGCUGCGGCUCACGCGCGCGGGGAAACGGGCACGAAGGCCUUGAAGUCGAUACUGGCUGCGCUCGACAACCGGCCCAAGGACCUUGGCUUGGCCCUCACGGCCGUCCAGCUCUACGUGAGUGCCGGCAACACGACGUCCGCAAUCACCACGCUGGAACGAAGCCUCGAGUUGCUCGAUGAGUCCAUCUCCGAACAAGACAAGGAAGUCCGCUUCAACCCCGGUCUAUUGAGCAUUUUGGUUUCUCUGUACAAACUUGAAGGCCGCAAAGUCCAGAUCAGAGGCGAACUCGCCAAGGCCGCGACAUACUGGCAGAGCCAGGCUGAGCCCCCAGCCUCAUUGCUCCGUGCCGCGGGUGCAUCCUUGUUGCAUUCCUCCGAUCGCUCGGACCUGGUCACGGCCGGCGACCUCUUCAAAUCCCUCUAUCAGAAAGACACGAAUGAUCAGUUUGCCGUUGCCGGCUACGUCGCUUCCCAGGCGACGCUCGAUUACUCCAAGGUCCAAGCCCAGGUGGACAGUCUCCCAUCCGUCGCGGACCUGAUCUCUGGCGUCAACGUCGCCUCCCUCGAAUCCGCCGGCAUCUCCCCGUCCUCCUCAGCCAAUGCUGCCGCCGCAGCGGCCAUGGCCGGUGCCCGGAAACGCCGCGCCAACAAAGAUAACCGUGUCACCAAGCGCGUUCGCAAGUCGCGUCUGCCUAAGGACUACGAUCCCAGCAAGACUGCCGACCCAGAACGCUGGCUUCCUCUCCGCGACCGCUCCAGCUACCGCCCCAAGGGCCGGAAGGGCAAGCAGCGCGCCGCCGAGCGGACACAGGGUGGUGUGGUGCAUGAGAAGGCCGAGGAAUCGGCCGCUGUGCCCAGCCAACCGCAAAAGUCUCAAGGCGGGGGAGGAGCCAGCUCGAAGAAAAAGAAGAAGGGGAAGCGGUAGAUGCAUACUCUUAGCUAUAGCAUUAUAGCUGUCAUUUCUCCAUUCAUGAGACACGUCUUGCAUUUGCUAGCAGGAUAUACCACCCCAGUUUGUUGUUGCACAAAGCAUGUAGAAAUUUCAUUCAAUGUCGGGCUAAUCUGAUGCGAUGAAUGAACGGCCUCCUUGGAAGCAAUCUGGUCAUAAAUAAUAACUGAUGAGACCGUCACCUAACUGGCCCUGUGCUGUGCUGUGCUGUCCUGUUCCAUUACCCUCCGAUCAUGAAAAUAGCAAUAAAGCCAGCCAUAACUCCAUAAGCAACCAUCCCAGCGAAGAACCACCGUGAAUCACCUAACCCAACGGAGUCCGAAUAGUCCCACACUGCCGAUCAUACUGCUCAAAGAUGGUCUGAAACAGCUUCAGAUCCUGCAUGGCAUCCCGCGCCGUCGUUCUCACCUGCACCUUCCCCUCCGUAGUCAAAUACUUAUGCAACGUCUUCAACUCCUCC